CAGAUGGGCAAAGCACCGGGUUUAAACCCGGUGCUUUGGUAAAAACCCAAUAAACACCCAUAAACUCCCAUAAUCACCCAAAAAAAUAGGUUUUUACGUAUUUUUUUGAAAAUAUGUAAGUAAUACCAAUAAAUUAUUUUUAUAAAUUGUAUUGAUCAAUUCUACAAUAUUAAAUAAAACGUUAACUAAUAAUAUUUCAGGAAAUUUUAAAAAUCUAUAUAUAAUAAAAUGAAAGUAAUUAAUUUUCAGUGUUUUCAUGUUGCAGUUGAUCAACAUGUUGGCCUUUUGCUUCCCGUAGAUACUUUAAAAUUUCUUCAUAACACCUCGUUCGCACACAUGGCCGUAUAUAUUUAAAUUCUUGAGCCACUAACAGUCCGAAAUACUCAUUUCUUUUAUCCUCUUCUCCAUAAAUUAAGCAUUUAGAACAGUUUGUUUCUUCUUUCAGUAAAUUUUCUUUUACUUUAUCCUCGUUUUUUUCUUUGUUGCGACGACGCUGGGUAAAUCAUCUGGACACUGGGUCUCACUAUCGCCAAAUAUAUUUGGAGAUCGGCUUCGGCUACGGCUUGGCAGACAUUUUUUUCUUUCUACAAUUUUAAAUUAAAUUUAUUAGAAUAAAUGCUUCGAACACACGCGAUCUAAGUACCUUUUGUGUUUAUUAUACCUUACCUACCUAGGUAUAAAAAGAGUACUUACGUAGAUUUUCUUUUAUUAACUGUUUUAUACGAAGAUCUUGAUCUCUCAAAUUAGCAUCCAUUUUACUUCCAGUGAUUAUCAACUAAAUUAAUAAUCCACAAAGUAUUAAAUAACGUUUUUAUGAAAUAUUUAGCACAAAAACAAUACCCUUUAAAUAUCGAUCGUCAGUAACUGUGGCUGACUUACCUAUAUUCUAGCAAGCAGGACUGCCAGAUGUGAAGGGGAAAUCCCCAAUAAAUUGUUGCAUGUGACUGAUGAUGUGAGCAUGUUCGUUUCAUAAUAAAAAUGUUGCCAGGUAACCAAAAAGUCGUAUGUUUUUGUGCGAAUUACGAUCAUAAUCUUUACGAUCGUACAUUAAAAAAUAGACAAAUAAUAGUAUGAGUACGAUUUAAAUCGUAUAUCUGUCAACCCUGCUAGCAAGACAGCGACAAAAUCACGUUGCAUAACAAUGUAGCCCAAGCUUAUAUCUUAUGAAAUAUACGGAAGAGAUACGGACUUAGAAAAAACAGAAAUGUUGUUCUUUGUGGAAGUCAUUGAUGAAAUUCUAUGUAUUUUAGCCCGCAAACUUUCUUCAAACAAAAACAGCGCCAUCUAGUAUCGAGUUCUGUAAUUAUCUCUUUGUUUAUGGAUUUGAAGUAAGACCGCCACGCAUGCAAUACAUUAUGACUGGGGAUUCCCCUAUUCGUCGACGCUGAAUAUGAGGCGACGACAAUCACUGUCAAACGUGUUCACUAUUACUCUGACUCUGGUAACGUGACUUCCUGGUAACGUGUUAGGUAGGAAAAGCAGUAAAAAAGUGCAUAUUAAGGGAGCAGAUUUGAAAUAAUAUUUAUACUUAACAAGAAAUAAUUAAAGGUUCAAUGGGGAGACCUAAAGAUUUACGCAUAUGGGAGCACUACCGUACUUUACCAAACAAGUCUGUUUCUUGCAAGCUUUGUAAUAAGGUCUACAAAUUCAGUAAUGCUGCCAAAAUGCUUCAACAUCUUAUCACUUGUCCAAAAUCUCCAGAAACAUUAAAAGACUCUAUGAAACUUAUAAAAGAUAGCUCGUCCAAAACCAAAAUGUCUGGACUGUCAGAGAUAGAGACAAAUGAUUCUUUUAUAAGCCCCUCGUCGUCUGCUAACACUACAAUAAAUGCUGAGUUUCAAGACACCGAUGAUCAUAUAAAAACAGAAUUAGCGAGAGCUAUAUUUGUAACAGGGACGCCAUUAUCGAUGGUGCAACAUCCUUUAUGGAUACAAUUUUUCGAAAAAUUGCAACCAAAAUUUAAAAUACCUUCACGUAAAGCUUUAGCGACAAAAUACUUAGAUAAAAUAUAUAGAGAAAUGCGUUUUGAGUUAAAUGAGGAACUAAAUGCUUGUAGUUACUUACACCUUCAGUGCGAUGGCUGGUCUAAUUUAAGAAAUGAAGGAAUAAUAAACUUUCUUAUAUCAAAACCUCAACCUGCAUACGUUAAAAGUUUGAAUACAGAAAGUAAUCCUCACACUAGUGAAUACCUUAGCCAAGAAGUUGAAAAAGUAAUGAAAGUGUAUGGAGCAAAUAAGUUUCUUGUACUUAUUGGCGAUAACGCUAGAAAUAUACAAAAGGCAUUCGAAUUAACAAAACUCAAAUAUCCACAUGUUGUUCCUCUCGGUUGCUGUGCACAUAUCCUUAACUUGUUGUGCCAAGAUAUUGUAAAGAUACAAGAAGUAACUGUGUUUAUUAUGCAAGCCAUAAAUAUAAUAAAAACUGUUAAAAGGAGUCAACGAUUAAGUUCCUUGUUGAUAAAAUCAAGGCAGGGUGAAGAUUCUACACAAACACUAAAAUUGCCUUGUGCUACAAGAUGGGGAAGUCAUGUUACUUCGUUAAAAAGUUUGAAAGCAAAUAAGAUAGCUUUGCAAAUAUUAACAGUUAGAGAAGAUGUGGUAAUUUCAAGAGAUAUUAAAGAUUUAAUUCUAAGUGAUGAUUUCUGGACGAAGACAGGGGAAUGUAUAAGUAUUUUGGAACCAGUCACUGAAAGCAUAUUUUACUUAGAGAGCGACCAGAAUCGUUUGCAUCGCACAUACAUUACAUUUAGAGAUGUACAAGCUAAGAUACGUUUUGCAUUAAAUGAGAUUUCGACAUUGAGCGAAGAAAGCAAACAGCAGAUUCUAACAUCAGUAUCUUCAAGAUGCAAUAUGGCAAUGAGGCCAAUACAUUUUGCAGCAUAUAUUCUAGACCCCAGGACUCUAGGAGUCGAACUUACUCAAGAGGAAGAACUUAAGGGUAUGGAGUUUAUCUACAAUUUAAGCCAACACUUAAGUUUGUCAAAUGUAAUGGCAGAUUUGGCGUGUUAUAAAGCUAAAGAAAACUUUUGGGCCAGAGGAUUUGUAUGGAGCUCAUUAGAUAGCAUUGAGCCCCUAAUAUGGUGGAAAGGUAUUUGUGGUUCCACUGAGUUAAGCAAAGUAGCGAUUCGUAUUCUAUCAGCUCCCUGUACUUCGGCAGCCACUGAGCGUUCCUUUAGUAUCCAAGGCUACAUACAUAAUAACAAAAGAAAUCGACUUACAACUGAAAGAACUGAAAAAAUUUCAUUCAUUUGUUAUAACUGGAAUCUUAAACAUAAAGCUGAAUGCGAGGACAUUCAGUUUAAUGAAGAAAAUACCUUAGAAGCUUUCAUUGAGCAAGUAAAUGAACAUAACAGUUUAGACGAAAUAGAGCCUAUCGAACCUAUACAAUUCAUCGCUUGUAAUAACUCUGAAUCUGACAGUGAUUGACUGUAGUUUUACAUUUUACUUUCAUCUCUUUCUUAAUAAACUCAAAAUCAAAUUAAAAGUUUUUUAUUCUGUAGGCUGCAUAAUAAUAUUGUCUAUGUCCAGUAUAGUGGACGUCUUGCGGCUGAGAUGACGAUGAUGAAGUACAAAAUCAUAAACACCCAAAAAUUUGGGUGUUUAUGGGGUUUAAACCCAAUAAACCCAAAACACCCGGUUUUUACCCACCAGACUUUAAACCCACCCAGGUGGAUUGCCCAUC